GUAAAAGCGAUACCAAAUAAAAUUUUUAAAUCUUCCUCAAAAUAUUAAUUCGGGAGUUACGCAAUUUAAGUAAAAAAAUUUAAUAAAUCUUAAUUAUUUGUUGAGAAGAAGAAGAAGAAUACGAAAUAACCAGAGCGAUGAAUCUUCAUUGGAUUAUAAAAUUCAUUUUAUUGUGGAUUACCUGGCUGCAGCAUAAUAUCUGCGAUGCAUGCACAUUCUACUCAACGAGUGAAUAUUCAUUGGCUGAUUCCGAUUCGGGAAAGUUUCUUCGAAUCAAGGAAGAUCAUCCAAUAGGCGAGGCAAUAUUCGCUAUUGACGUCUAUCCAAGAAAAUCCAUUGAAUUGCGAGGAAUUGACCGUUCAAGCAAAGACGAUAAAUAUUUCCGUAUUCGCGAGGUAAAUGCGACGAGAAUUGAAAUUAUUUUGAAGGAGAGUUUAGACGAUUUGGUGGAUAAUGAGACACCACACAACAUCUUGAAGUUCAAAAUUCAGUGCAAUAGUGCGAAACAUAGCAAUAGGAGGAAUCAUGAUAUUUCUUUCUUCAUGUUGACAGUUUAUGUUGAAGAUAUUAAUGACAAUAAACCAGUGUUUGUUAAUGCACCAUAUUCAGUAACAAUAGAUGAGACGACCCCAUUUGGAACGACAAUUUUCAAAGAGAUUCAUGCGGUUGACCGAGAUCAACCAAACACUCCAAACUCAGACAUUCAAUAUUUUAUCGGUCAGCAAACUGUUGAUUCGCAAGGCGGAUUUUUCAUCAUGGAUAGUCCACAUCGACCACACAUAAUUCUAAGGAGAUCAUUAGAUUUCGAUCACGGAAUUAGAAGAUUUGAUUUAAAUAUCAUUGCGAAAGAUCGCGGAAUUCCACCGCAUCAAUCGAACACAAGUCUCUCAGUUUACAUUGAUGAUGUUGAUGAUUUACCUCCGAUGUUCACUCAAGAUGUUUACUACACAAAAGUUAAAGAAUUCUUCACGAUUACUGGAAAAGCCAUCCAUAAAGCUUUGAAAAUCGAUCCACCGAUUGAAGCUUACGAUCAAGAUUCACUCAACUCAACGCUUGUUUACAGUAUCGUGUCGGGUAACGAUCGCGAUGUUUUUUGGAUGCAUCCAACAACUGGCGUGAUAUAUUUGAAGAAGGAAAUUGAUUUAGAAGCUGAACUUCUUCAAGACAACAGUUUCGUUGUGAAUGUUGAUGUUCGACAAAAGAAUGACGAAUUCAAAAGAGCGCAAGCAAGAGUUGAAAUUGAAAUUGUAGACAUAAAUGACAAUCCGCCUGAGUUUGAAGUUGAUUUGUAUAACAUUUCGAUUGUCGAAAAUCUUCCGAAUGGCUUUUCUGUGCUUCAAGUCAAUGCUUUGGAUCGUGAUCAAGGUGAAAAUUCUUUGUUUUUCUAUAAAAUAUUCAAAGAAGAUCCUCCCGGCGCUUUCAAUGUCGAUGCACAAACUGGUUGGAUGACUGUAAAAAAUCAAUCGCUACUUGAUCGUGAAGUUCGUGCAACUGUUAAACUUUUGAUUCAAGCAGUAGAGAAAGUCAAACCAUACAAUAAACGUGAAACUACUGCAGAUUCAACUGUCGCUGUUGAGAUUACGUUGCUAGAUGCAAACGAUAAUAGUCCAAGUUUCGAGUUGGGAAAUUUGUAUGAAUUUAAAGUUGAUUUGAAUUCAUCAAUUGGCUAUGUUGUUGGACGAAUCAAAGCAACCGAUCCGGAUGACGGUCAAAAUGGAAAAAUCGUGUAUGAGAUGAAAAAUCGGAAAGAAACAGUUGUUCCGUUUAAACUCGAUCCGAAGAAUGGUGUAUUGAAAGUUACUGGCAGAUUAUUGCCUGGGAGAAUUGCUUUGUUUGUUGAGGCUUGCGAUCAGCCGAUAAAUUUAUCAGAACAACGCUGUUCGUUAGCAGUGCUGACUCUUGACAUUGUGAACAUGGCUGAUGCUUCUGAAAUCAAAUUUAUGGGAGCACCGUAUGAUUUUUGGAUCAGUAGCAACGCCCCAAUUGGCAGUUCCGUUGGACAAGUCAGAACCGUGUAUCGAGAAGACAUAAUUUUCGAUCUUCUUCAUUCGUACUCCGAGGGUGUUCCAUUUGCAAUCGAAGAACAGUCUGGAAUCAUAACCGUAAUCAGACCAAUUAAUAGUUUCAAUAGAAAUGUUUACAUCUUCGAAGCGGUCGCUACUUAUGCACACACACCUGUUGAGCAUGUCAAGAACACGUCAAGAUCAAUGAAGAAAUCGCUACCUGAAGAAUUAGGUUUUCAAGUCGACGAGGGAAUUGUUUCUGACCUAAAUUUCGCAAACAUGUAUAUUGCAAAUGUUACUAUUAAUGUUGUCAAUCCAAAUAGUAAAAACCCAGUUUUCGUCAAAGCUCCACAGAAUCAAUUGAUUGAGUUUCGUAUCAUGGAAAAUCUCCCGAAUGCAGUCAUUGGAAAUUUGAUGAAUAAAAAUUUGACUGAAAUGACAAAAGGUCUUCAAGCAUCAUCAUCAUCCCCCACAGCAACAAUUCAAAGAAGGCCAGUAAAUCGAGAACACCGUCAAAUGAUGUCGUCGUCAAAAUUUAGAAAACAAGUCGAAAUUAAACGGAACAUCACAGCAGUUGUCACAACGCCGUCUUCAAUUGGAAUGAUUCCGAGAAGAUCAAGAAACAUGUUCAAUACAACUUCAAGACGAAAAGGAAUAGCAAAGCAAUAUGGACGUGUUGUUAAUCUGCCACCUAUAACGUUAAAUAACGAUAAAAACUCUUCAUCAACACACGAAAGACCAUUAACAAGCUUAAGUAAAUACUUGCGCAAUAAAAGCAGACAUUCUAGAUCGACAAAGAAUCUCAAUUUCUUUAUCGUUAACGACUAUGAUUUUAAAGAGAAAAUGUAUGUCUCGAGCGAUGGUAAGUUAAUGACAAUUAACGGUUUAGACCGUGAAGAGAAAGAUUCUUACAUGCUAAGCGUUAUUGCUGAAUAUUCGAAUGGACUUGUUGAAAGUGCUGGAAUUUAUCAAAUAAAUGUUCUUGUUGAUGAUGAGAAUGAUAAUCCACCGAAAUUUGAUCAUACAAAUUAUAUCGGAAUUAUUUCCGAGAAUUGUGUUCUUGGAACGGAAGUUUUGCUAAAUAACUUGAUUAUCGUUAAUGAUGCUGAUUAUGGAAAGAAUGCCGAGUUCCAAUUAAGUAUUCUUGGCGAUGGAAAUCGACUGUUUACGAUAGAGAAAAGUGAUGAAGUGCCUGACAGAUCGACAUUCUUCAACACUGGCAACAACAGCGUCUUGUCGCUUUUCUCUGACACCGUCUUGGACGAAUAUAGCAGCAUGGUCGAUAUAAAUCUUCAUUUAAUGAUGUUGAGUGCUCGCGAUGCAUCGCCGAAUCAAACUCAUUAUGCGAUUAAAUAUAGUGGACCAAGUACACUUGAUCGUGAACGUAAAAACUUUUACAAACUUCGCUUACUUUCUAAAGAUUCCGGUGGACUUACGUCAGAAGCUCAGCUGAUGAUUUUUGUUACAGAUGUUAACGACAAUCCACCAGUAUUCGAGAAACUCGCUGUUUUUAAGCAAACUGGGAUUGAAAUUAUGCAAUACACGGAUAAGAUGGAAAUAUAUUUCGUUGAUUCACAAAACAGUGUUAACAGCAAACGCCCCAUGGCAUUAGCUUUGGAAACAGUUCAAGCAAAGUACAGCAUUAAAGAGAAUUAUGAAGAAUUGUCGAUUGGUACGACAACUAAAUCACCAGUGAGAAUUCGUUAUCGUAAGAAACCAAUUGGUAGUCCAAGAGCAUUAGCAUUAAUAGAUGAAGAAGAUUCUGAAGAUGAAGCUGAAGAAGACCGCGCAUUUAGAGACAAGCCAAUAUUUAUUAAUCUAAAUUCGUCUUUUGCAAGAUAUCCUUUGUUCUCAAUUGAAGAAUCACUUGAGCCUGGAACAACAAUUCUUCAAUUAACAGCGAAUGAUGAAGACUACGGUCCAAAUUCACAAAUUACUUAUGAAAUAACUAAUGAAAAGAUUUCAUUAUCGCGGUCGUUUAAAGGUGACACAAGUCGAAUUCAUAAGCCACCAUUUUUCUCAAUUGAUCGAAUAUCCGGUGAACUGAAAGUUAAUCGUCAACUCAUUCCACAUGUUGAAGUUGUUGUUAAUGUAACAGCUAAAGAUCCGGCUGGUUUAUCAGAUCGCGUGCAGAUUGGAAUUCAGAUUUCUGAUGUCAAUAAUCAUCCGCCACAAUUUUUACGACCAUUUUACUCGUUUGAUAUUGAAGAAGGUUUUCAUGUCGGAAAAAUUCUUGGCGCAAUUCAAGCUGUUGACGAUGAUUUUGAAGACAAUGCCAACAUCACGUAUUCAAUUGUUAACGCUGAUUCAGAUAAAUUUCCGUUCAGCAUCACGCCAAGAAGUGGAAUCUUAAAAGUGUCGGGACAUUUAGAUCGCGAGCUGAAGUCACUUUACGAGUUUAAAGUGAUGGCGAAAGACAACAGUAAAAACUAUCAUCAACUCAAUGCAACUGUUGUUAUAGAAGUCAACAUAAUUGAUCAGAAUGACAACGCACCACAAUUUAUCGAGUACGAUGAUCUUAUGAUUCACGAGAUUCCAGCACGAUCGAGAAAGUUAAACAGCGAUUUACAUCACAACGAAGAUAUUGCACCGCAAAAUCGAACGCCAGUGUAUAAAAUCAAUUUGGAUCGCAAUGUAAGUGGUCGCCGGUUAAUUAAAGAAAUUAAAGCAAUCGACAUUGAUUACGCUUUAAAUGGAAUGGUUUUUUACAACUUCUUACACAACAAUUUGUCGCAUUUAUUUGAGAUUGAUGCACGUGAAGGAAUUAUCACGACAACAGCCAAUAAAGAUCAAUUGAAGAUAUUAAAUAAUUACGACUUUAUUAAUUUAACAGUCGUGGCAUCUGACUUGGGUAAUCCUGUAAGAAGUUCAUAUGCAAUUGUUUUGAUAACUUUGAUAGGUGAAAAGCGAAUUGAAGCGCCAAAGUUGGAAGCGUACAAGAAAUCGCAAGCGAUUGUUGCAAAACCGGUUUUGUUCGUCAAUCAAUAUUAUGAAUUGGAAGUGUACGAAAACAGUCCGACGCCAAUGAGACUCAUUCAAUUUAACACAACGAAUGAUGACACAAUCUAUAAAUGGUCCCUUGAACUUGAGAACAAAAGUGAAUCGCGUGUUGAUGUUGCUGAGAUUUUCAACAUUGUUGACGGAACAUUGUGGUUGAUUAAAACUUUAGAUCGUGAAGAAAUUGACAUGUACAGUCUGAAAAUACGUGCAGAUUCACUUGCGCCUUUAAAGAGACCACGACAAGGGAGAAAUAUGCAAAUGAUGUAUCCAGUGACAGAUGAUCGAAUUGAUAAUCUUACAGAAAAUGAAGUUCGUGUUGUUGUGAAGAUUUUAGAUGUUAAUGACCAUGCUCCGGUGUUUAGAGAAAACGGUCCGAUUAUUGCGGUUAUUCCAGAUACGGUCAAAUAUGGUUACAAUGUGUUGAAAGUGCAAGCUGAUGAUGAAGAUUCCGGAAUCAACGGUGACAUCCGUUAUGCGAUAAUGAACGAACCAACAAAUUUCUUCGGAAUUGACGCACUAACUGGUCAAAUUAGAGCUUUGGGUCCACUUUGGCGUGACAAUCAGAGAGUGUUUGGAUUCGAUGUGAAAGCAACUGAUCGUCAGGGAGCUGAGAAUGGAAAAAGUAGUAUUGUGAAUGUUCUGGUUUAUGUGCUUGACGAUCAUAAACAUGUCAAGUUUGUAAUGAGUGGAAACACAAUGGACAUUGAAAGAGAAGCUGAAACAAUUUCUAGAAGCUUAUCAGAUGCCAGUGGAUUGAAUGUGAAAAUUCGAAUGUUGGAACCGCAUGAAGUCAACCGAGAAUUCUUAACAAAUGUUUAUGUUUAUGCCAUUGAUCCGAAGUCAAACACAGUUGUUGAUAUGGAAGAACUUCAAGAAAUAAUGGAGCAGCUCAACAUGCAAGAGAUUCAACCAUCACUUCCAAUUAUUGAGCUGACAAAACUUGGUGUGCCUGCACAUUUAGCUCCAAAAAUAAAGCAAGGCUCGGGUGAACUUGCAUCAAUUGUUCUCUCAAUCACAAUUCUCAUUGGUGGAUUCUCCACAGCUAUUUGCAUUUUAUGUGUACGAUACAAACGGUGAGAUUUGAUAAUCGAAAAACAAAAAUUCCUGUCACAUCACAACACAAUAAACAACAUCACAUCAAUUUAUUCCUUUUUCACCGUAUUCACAACCUUUAAUAAAAAAAGAUAAGAAAACUUUUCAUUUCAAAACGAACUGAAUGCACCUUGAAUGAUGAUUUUCAUCAAAUAAAAACUAAAAACAUUUGUUGGUGAUAUGAAAUGAGAUGGAAAUGUUUUAAUAAUAAAUCGAAUAAUUUAUUGUAUAACUCGUGCCUUUGCGCCAUUCGCAAUAUUUUUGUUUUGUUUGUAAUAAUACAUAAUAAUAAAAUUAAUAAUAAUAAAACAUAAGUAACAAAAGCCUCUCAUGAAAUUAACAUUUUGAUGUAAAUUAAAAGAAACAAAAAAAUAUUUACACAAAAUAAAUCAAAAUUCUGGCUAAUAAACAUUUUGAUUGAAACUAAAUUGAAUCGUUU